AACGGUCGCAACCAAAUAAUUGUAUCCACUGAGGUGUGAGUAGGGAGGCAGGUGUACGUGUGCCUCAAACUAGCGUUGUAUUAUAAAUAAGAGCACUAAAACUAAAAUAUUUGUAUAAUCAAGAAAGAAGUUGACCUAAUUAAUUACGCAAAAUCCUCCGUGGAAAGCACUUUUACUGUAAAAUAUCGACACAAUGUCUUGUGCGACGUCUACCCUGAAAUUUUUAGCCUUUUUAAUGAAUAUACUUUGCUGUAUAGCAGGCGCGUUUAUGCUAUCAGCUAGCGCAUACUCCUUAGUCCAAUUCAAUGCCAGCGAUUCAAUUAAGCUGCCCUGCAUACUGGGCGUCGUUUUGGGCGGUUUGCUCUUCAUCACCACAAUAGUGGGUUGCUGCGGCACAAUACGCGAGUCGCCACGCACUAUUUUGAUCUAUGCCAUAUUCUUGCUGCUUUUGCUGGGCGCUCAAAUUGCUGUUAUCUUUUUGCUGCCGAUAAACUUCCACAAAUUAGCCGAGGAAACAAUAAAGAACGCUUGGAAUCGCCAGUUGAGUGAUGAUAGCAUGGAUAAUUAUCAAAUUAGGAAUAUGAAGUCAAAAAAACAAGAAGUAGAACAGUUAAUGUUUUUUGGGAUGGAAAAAAGUAACCUUACCUAA